AUAACCAUUAACCAUUUUCUAGUGUCACAAUUAAAUCUCAAAGAUUCUUUUGCGAGCUCCGAUUUUUGUGUUCAAAUUUUCGUAUUCAAUUUUAAUUGAAGAUGGCAUCCAAACGCAUAGCUCAAUCUUCUGUAAACUGGGCAGCAAUUGCUGAACGAGUACCGGAAGCGGACAAAGCAUCUUACUUGGCGUUCAAAGCCAAGUCCGAUGGAUAUCUUCGCAAAAUGUUGGCUGCCCCAGCCGAACCAUUGAAAAUCGAUUGGGCGUCUUAUAAAAAUAAAAUAACCGUACCUGGGUUGGUCGACAAUUUUGAGAAAUUGUACAGUGCAAUUAAAAUUCCAUACCCUGAGGACAAGUACACUCCAGCUAUUGAUAAACAUGAAAAGGAAAUUAUCAAGGGUAUCGAAACAUUCAAAGCCGAAUCAGAAGUGAUAAUCAAAGAAGCUGAAAAAAAGAUUGCAGAAAUCCACAGUUUGCUGCCAUUCGGUCAAAUGACCUAUGAAGAUGCUGCUUAUAUUCAACCAGAAUUAACAUUGGAUUUGGAGAACAAACCAUCAUUCUGGCCGCAUCAAGAGAUUGAUUACAUUAAUGACGAACCAGAAGAAGAAAGUCUACAAAUUGAAGAACAGAAAAAAAUUGAUGCAGCUCAUUAAAUAAAUAAAAAAUGGUUCAUAGUUUUCAGUUCUAAUUUUACAUCAUGGUUUUUUCCAUAAACACUUAGAAACAUAUUUAUAUAGGUACCUAUAUAAAUUAAUGGUUAAAAUUUUA